UGAAACUAUGUACAUAAUUUUGUCACAACCAAAUUGUGAGAUAUUAGGUAGAAAGGGCAGUAAAAUUAUUACAGUCUGCAAAAGGUUGUAAAUUGUAAUGUAUCAAUUUUCAGAACAGAAGCCAAUGACAUAAGGAACCAAAUGUACCUUCACAGCUAUAUCAGUAUAAUAUAAGAAACACAACAACCUAUAUCUGCAUUCUCAGUUUUCCAUUGUUUCUCCUUGUAACUGCUCUCUCUUUCUGCUCUAGAAAUUGACCAUGUCUAGCAUGUGCAAUGCAAAAUUGAAUUCCAUUGACGUUCAACUUGAAGGGGAAAACACACUUAGCAUAGCCAGAAAGAGGUGGCAUAAGGCUUUUGCUGCAAUCUCUUUUUGUAGGGCCAUGCUCUCUCUGCUCAAGACGUCAGAAGCUGAGAAAAAAAAUACCAAGAUUUCAUACUCUCCCGUUCACACCACUUCCCAUUUUCAGCUGAAGAAUGGGUUCAAAAUAGAUAGCAAAUGCCUCACUGAACUCAUGAAGGAGAAAAAUCUACACCUACUUCGGGAGCUUGAAGGCAUCGAUGGCAUUGCAUCUGCUCUUCAAACCGACAUUGAGCGUGGUGUCCCUGACGAUGGUGACAACAUUGCCCUUCGACAUAAAGCAUUCGGUUCAAACACGUAUAAGAAGCCACCUUCGAAAAGCCUUUUCCAUUUUAUGUGGCAAGCUUCUAAGGAUCUUACCAUUGUCAUCCUUUUAGGCUGCGCUGCACUCUCACUUGGCUUUGGCAUUAAGCAGCAAGGACUAAAAGAAGGAUGGUAUGAUGGUGGAAGCAUCUUUGUUGCUGUUUUUCUUAUUGUUUCUAUAUCUGCCUCUAGUGACUACAGGCAGAGCAAACAAUUCGACAAGCUGUCGAAAGCCAGUGAGGAUAUCCCGAUUGAUGUUGUGAGAGGCGGGCGAAGGCAAAAGAUUUCGAACUUCGACAUAGUAGUUGGAGAUGUUGUUCUCUUGAAGAUUGGUGAUCAAGUUCCUGCUGAUGGAUUGUUCUUAUAUGGACAUUCGUUGCGCGUAGACGAAUCAAGCAUGACAGGGGAAAGCGACCAUGUGGAAGUCGAUUGCAGCCACAAUCCAUUCUUGUUUUCUGGAACCAAGGUGGUUGAUGGCUAUGGCCAAAUGCUUGUCACUUCAGUUGGCAUGAACUCAACAUGGGGCCAAAUGAUGAGCUUGAUUAAUCAUGACACCAGUGAUCAACAGACGCCUUUACAAGAACGGCUCAGCAAACUAACCCCAUUGAUGGCUAAGAUUGGUUUGACAGUUGCAUUCAUGGUCUUUGUGGUCUUAUUAGCUCGUUACUUCACCGGAACCACAAAGAAGGAGAACGAAAUUGGUAAGUUCGAUGGCAGCAGGACAAGGAUUGAUGAUGUGGUGAAUGCUGUGCUGGACAUAAUAGCAAUUGCAGUUAUUGUUGUUGUGAUUGCAAUUCCAGAAGGCUUCCCAUUGGCUGUCACUCUAACUCUUGCAUAUUCAAUGAAGAAGAUGAUGGCAGAGAAGGCGUUGGUGAGGAGGCUCUCUGCUUGUGAGACUAUGGGCAGUGCCACCACCAUUUGUACAGACAAAACCGGCACGCUCACACUCAACCAGAUGAAAGUUACAAAGUUUUGUCUUGGCCAAAAAUCUGUGGAAGAUGGUGCUGCUUUUUCAUCAAUUCCUCGUUGUCUUCUUGAUUUAAUCCUAGAAGGAGUGGCUUUUAACACGACGGGCAGUGUUUACAGGCCUACUUCAGCAUCCGAAUUUGAGUUUACAGGCAGUCCUACUGAAAAAGCCAUUCUUUCAUGGGCUGCUCUGGAGCUGAACAUGGACAUGGAGGGAUUGACAAAGAAAUGUAUCAUUCAACAUGUUGAAGCCUUCAAUUCACAGAAGAAAAGAAGCGGGGUUUUGAUGAAAAGGAAGGCAGACAAUACCACCCAUGUGCAUUGGAAAGGAGCUGCAGAGAUGAUAUUAGAAAUGUGCUCGAGUUACUACGAUGCUUCUGGUAUUACAAAAGAUCUGACUGCUGAUGUAAGGAUGAAGUUUGAGCAAACUAUUCAAGGCAUGGCAGCAAGCAGUCUCCGAUGCAUUGCUUUUGCACACAAACAAGUUCAAGAUUACAAGCACAGUGCUGAAAAAAUACACGAAAAGCUCGAAGACAGCAGCUUGAUCUUAUUAGGACUGGUUGGUCUAAAGGACCCAUGUAGGCCAGGGGUGAGGGAAGCAGUAGAAGCUUGCCAGUUCGCCGGGGUGCAGGUGAAAUUGAUCACUGGUGACAAUGUUUUCACUGCUAAAGCUAUAGCUACUGAGUGUGGGAUACUCAGGGCAGACCGGGACAUGGUCAGGGAAGCAGUGGUAGAAGGUGUGGAAUUUCGGAACUACACACCAGAGCAGAGAAUGCAGAAGAUUGAUGAGAUUUGUGUGAUGGCAAGGUCUUCACCAUUUGAUAAACUUCUGAUGGUGCAGUGCUUGAAACAGAAAGGCCAUGUAGUUGCUGUUACUGGUGAUGGCACCAAUGAUGCCCCGGCACUGAAAGAAGCCGAUAUAGGACUCUCAAUGGGGAUUCAGGGCACUGAAGUGGCAAAGGAAAGUUCAGACAUUGUCAUUCUGGACGACAACUUUGCUACUUUGGUCACUGUUUUGAGGUGGGGAAGGGGUGUUUAUGCCAACAUCCAGAAAUUUGUUCAAUUCCAGCUCACAAUAAAUGUUGCUACUCUUGUGAUCAACUUUGUGGCAGCUGCCUCAGCUGGUGAAGUGCCUUUGACAGCAGUCCAGUUGCUGUGGGUGAAUCUGAUCAUGGACACAAUGGCUGCUCUGGCUCUUGCCACAGAUAAGCCCACCAAAGAGCUCAUGGAAAGGCCACCUGUUGGGCGGACAGAGCCCGUGAUCACCUGCAUCAUGUGGAGGAACAUUUUAUCUCAAGCUUUGUUCCAGAUAGCUGUCCUCUUGAUUUUGCAGUUCAGGGGCAGAUCAAUCUUUGGUGUCAAUGAGAGGGUAAACAACACCUUGAUCUUCAAUACUUUUGUCUUCUUGCAAGUCUUCAAUGAAUUCAACUCAAGGAACAUUGAGAAGAAUAAUGUCUUCAAAGGGAGUCAAAGGAACAAGUUGUUUUGGGUCAUCAUUGCAAUAACCAUUGCAGUUCAGGUGGUUAUGGUGGAACUUCUGGAGAGGUUUGCAGAUACAGAGAGGCUAAGUUGGGGCCAAUGGGGGGCAUGCAUUGGAAUUGCAGCCAUAUCUUGGCCAAUCAGUUGGGUUUUCAAGUGCAUACCAGUUCCUGCUAAGCCAAUAUUCAGCUAUCCAAAGAGGGAUAAGAGAAUCACAUCAUAGUGGUCUUUACCCAAUUAACUAGUCUUAUGUUUAUCAUUCAAUAUAUGAAUUUUAUAAUGUAAUCUUAUGGAGCAAAUGGGAGGCUGGUUCUCAAAUGACAAUGUGGUAGAAAAAAAUAUCUAUGCGAUGUCCACCACAAAAACAAUUACAGAAUGCAGUCCAUGCUCUUUCUUUUGGGGAAGUAAAAUGCACUAGUUUUACAAGCAAUGCUUUAAGCUGAUGGAUUCAGCAUCUUAAGUUAUAACCAGUGCAAAUCAUGGAUAAAUUUUUGAGAACUAAAGACAUUGCAAAAUAUCUACCUUCUAUUAUCUAUAGAAGACAAUCACGCUAUGAUACAAUGCGCCUGCAUGCACAAAUGCAGUGAA